UGCUCUAAGUUCCAUUGAUACGUUUCAUCGAUUUUCGGAGGAAUUUAUUCGAGGAAUCUAGUGUUUGACCGGCUCCGCUCGAUUCUGCUUCGUUACCACGCGGGUGCUAUCGAAUCUUGGGUAGUUUUUCUUCGCUUGCGGCCUCUCGAAUCUGACCCAUUUCCACGGUUCGCGUGCGCCGUUGCCGCGGAUCUGCGUGCUUGUGCCAUCGGGUUCCGUGGAUCUAGUUGCGCGGAGAUGGGGCUCACGUUCACGAAGCUGUUCAGGCGGCUAUUCGCCAAGAAGGAGAUGAGGAUUCUCAUGGUCGGUCUCGAUGCAGCUGGUAAGACCACCAUCCUCUACAAGCUCAAGCUCGGCGAGAUCGUCACCACCAUCCCCACCAUUGGAUUUAACGUUGAAACUGUCGAGUACAAGAACAUUAGUUUCACUGUUUGGGAUGUCGGUGGUCAGGACAAGAUCCGGCCCCUGUGGAGGCACUACUUCCAGAACACCCAGGGCCUCAUUUUUGUUGUAGACAGCAACGACAGAGAGCGUGUUGUUGAGGCCAGAGAUGAGCUCCACCGGAUGCUGAAUGAGGACGAGCUCCGUGAUGCUGUGCUUUUGGUGUUUGCAAACAAGCAAGAUCUGCCUAAUGCCAUGAACGCUGCUGAAAUUACCGAUAAGCUUGGCCUGCACUCCCUGCGCCAGCGGCACUGGUACAUCCAGAGCACAUGUGCUACCUCUGGUGAGGGUUUGUAUGAGGGGCUUGACUGGCUUUCGAACAACAUCGCUAACAAGGCUCGAAGCAUCUAGGCAAGGCUUCAAUCAGUGGAAGCAAACUGCCUCUACCAUUACAGCUAUGAAGUAUAUAGUCGUGAUUGUGUCAGACGUGGUGUGUUUUUGGGAGAUAAAAGGCUCUUUUGGUCGAGGAGCUAGGUAUCAGAUGUUUUUUAUGGUACCUGUAAUUUUCCGUGCUUCUGUUUUGGUUUUGUGCAAGGUAUACCAUGUCUGACUGUGUGCUCGCCACUGUCUGAGUCGUUGUACUAUCCCGGGCCGGCCUGUCCGGCUGUCUCUUGGCAUAGCAAAAUGAUCGCCUAAUUUGUUAGCACAUGCUCGGUAAUAUCACGAGGGCUUCGGUGGUCUUAUUGCUCACGCUGAAUUCUCAACUUUGCUCUUCUUUUCUGCGGUUGAGGUUGCAUCUUGUAUUGUUGGCUGAUUUCGAGCAAUCAGAGGAUUGUGCUACGUCGUCGGAGGCAUCAUGGGAUAGCAGCUAGCUUUCGUCUUUGAACUGGGCUUCGGUUCUAAAUUCGACUUCACUUUUAUCCUUCAUUAAACUUUUUAACUUUGAUAUCGCUAUAUAAACUGGUUGUACCUUUAACACUAUAUUUUAUCUUUGUAAUUGAUGGUUAGUGAUUCAAGAGAGCAUUGUUUUUUUUUUUGUUGAUCACACAUGUUGCGUGUGCGACGUCAGCUAUGAACUCCACAAAUAAUGUAAUUUUUAGCUUUGGAAAUCAUACAUUUUUUAUUUAUAUUCUAUAAAGUAUACAGUUUUUAUU